AUGUCUCCUCACUCUGUCUCGGCGAAGAAGAACAUCGGGGGUAUCUCGGGGGUGGAUGGCACGGGGGAACAGCGAGAAUGGCUGAUGGGCCGGGAGGCGUUUGAGGCCACGAUGCCGCAUCAUGAGGGGAUCAAGGCGUUGUGGGAGACGAAGUGGAGGUUUCCCUGCACCAAGUCCCUCUACCCCUUCCACGACGGCCGAUUCUCCGACUUUGAACCCAUCUUCCAGUCCCUCAUCGCGCGCAACGUCAACGAUGGGACCUCAGCCGAGUACACCUCUUCUUUCAUCCCCACGGCCGACAACCUCGAACGACAGGGCGAUGAGCUCCUCGCCCAAGGCAACAAGACCAAGGCCUCGGAGCUGUACCUGAGGGCCUGUACCGUGUUGAGGAUCGCCAGGUUCCCGUAUAUCGCCUCUUUUCCCGACGUGACGGACAAGACAAAGUGGGAGGCGUGGGAGAAGCAAAAGGCGACGUAUGCCAAGGCGGGGAAGACGUGGGAGAGCCCGCUGGAGGAGGUGGUUGUGCCUCAUUCCCAGGCCAAGGGGAGGGAUAGGAAGGAUAUUCCUGUCUACGUUCGGGUUCCCGACGGGAAGACGGGGCCGUUUCCUGCUGUUGUUCUCAUGACUGGGUUGGAUGGGUACCGGCCUGACAAUACCGUUCGGUGUGAGGAGUUUUUGGCUCGGGGGUGGGCAGCUGUUGUUGUGGAGAUCCCUGGGACGGCGGACUGCCCGGCUGAUAGUGCCGAUCCUGAGAGCCCGGAUAGGCUGUGGAGUUCGUUGCUGGAUUGGAUGGCGAAAGAGGGGAGGUUUGAUAUGAAGAAGGUCAUGGUUUGGGGAUUGAGUAGCGGGGGCUAUUAUGCCGUGCGGGUGGCGCAUACGCACAAGGAGAGGAUCAUUGGGAGUGUUGCUCAGGGGGCGGGGGUUCAUUACUUUUAUGAUAGGGAGUGGCUGGAGCGGGCGGAUGGGCAUGAGUAUCCCUUCAAGUUGACGCCGGCGAUGGCGCAUAAGCAUGGGUUUGGGAGCGUGGACGAGUAUAAGGAGAAGGCGCAGAAGAAGUUUUCGUUGUUGGAGACGGGGAUUCUGAAGAUGGAGAGCGCGAGGUUGUUGUUGAUCAAUGGCACGCUGGACGGUCUCAUGCCCAUCGAGGACUCGAUGAUGCUGUUUGAGCAUGGCUCGCCCAAGGAGGCUAGGUUCUUCCCCAAUGCUCUGCAUAUGGGCUACCCGAUGGCCAACAGCUCGGUGUACCCCUGGAUGGAGUCUGUGAUGAAGUCGGUUCAGGGAUCAAAGUGA